AGCGCCGGGGCUCGGCUGCUGAGCCGCCCAGCGGCCCCCAGGAGGCGGCGGCGGUGGCGGCCGGGGGACGCUGAGGAGGAGCCGCCUGCGCGGCCCAGCGGCGGCGGCGGCGGGCGGGCCGGACACACCGACCGACAGAGCAGCCGCGGCACGGACGGACGGAGGGACGGACGGAGGGAGGGAGGGAGGGCAGAGCGGCAGCGCAGCCCGCGCCGGCAGCGCCAUGGCCACCAAGGCUCGUGUUAUGUAUGAUUUUGCUGCUGAGCCUGGAAACAACGAGCUGACAGUCAGUGAAGGAGAGAUCAUCACAAUUACCAACCCGGAUGUUGGUGGAGGCUGGUUAGAAGGAAAAAACAGCCAAGGCGAGAGAGGACUCGUUCCAACAGAUUAUGUUGAGAUUAUAAGUGAAGGUGCAAAAGACGGCAUUAGCUGUGGUAACUCAUUAGCUGACCAAGCCUUUUUUGAUUCCCUUUCUUUAAAUACUGCUCAGACCAACUCUGCUGCAAAAAGAAGUAAUCAGGCAAGCAUUGCCAAUGAUCCUUGGCCCAGCUGGAAUGCUGGGAAGUCUGGGAACUGGGAUAAUGGAAAUGCUAUUGACAGCUGGGCGACAAAACCUGAAAGUGCAGCUGGCCAGAGAAACAUUGCUCCAAAUAACUGGGAGGCAGCAGCAGCAUUUGGUCAUCCACAGGCUUAUCAAGGACCAGCAGCUGCCGAUGACGAUGAUUGGGAUGAUGACUGGGAUGAACCAAAAUCAGCUUCACCGUCUUACCUUGGUUACAAGGAAACUGAGGCAUCAGAGGCUGGGGGGGUCCAGCGUGGAAAUUCUCGUGCAGCUGCUAUGAAGUUACCACUUAACAAAUUUCCUGGAUUUGCAAAACCUGGAAUGGAACAGUAUCUGUUGGCAAAGCAGCUAGCAAAACCCAAAGAGAAAAUUCCUAUAAUUAUUGGUGAUUAUGGCCCCAUGUGGGUGUAUCCUACCUCUACAUUUGACUGUGUGGUGGCAGAUCCCAAAAAAGGUUCUAAAAUGUAUGGUCUCAAGAGCUACAUUGAAUAUCAGCUGACCUGCACUAACACUAAUCGGUCUGUCAACCACAGAUACAAGCACUUUGACUGGUUGUAUGAGCGGCUCCUGGUUAAAUUUGGAUUAGCCAUUCCAAUCCCUUCUCUUCCAGACAAGCAAGUAACAGGGCGCUUUGAAGAGGAAUUUAUCAAAAUGCGUAUGGAGAGACUGCAAGCGUGGAUGACGAGAAUGUGUCGCCAUCCUGUUGUCUCAGAAAGUGAAGUUUUCCAGCAAUUCCUCAAUUUCCGAGAUGAGAAGGAGUGGAAAACUGGAAAGCGGAAGGCAGAAAAGGAUGAAACUGUAGGAGUCCUGAUCUUUUCUACAAUGGAACCAGAAGCUCCUGACUUGGAUAUGGUAGAAAUAGAACAGAAAUGUGAUGCAGUGGGUAGGUUCACCAAAGCAAUGGACGAUGGAGUGAAAGAGCUGCUGACUGUGGGACAAGAGCACUGGAAGAGGUGUACAGGGCCACUACCCAAGGAAUAUCAGAAGAUAGGAAAAGCAUUGCAGACCCUGGCACUGGUCUUCAGCACUAGUGGAUACCAAGGAGAAUCUGAUCUCAAUGGAGCAAUAACAGAAGCAGGGAAAACCUAUGAAGAAAUUGCCAGUCUUGUAGCAGAUCAGCCAAAGAAAGAUCUUCACUUUUUGAUGGAAACAAAUCAUGAAUAUAAGGGAUUUCUCGGUUGCUUCCCUGACAUCAUAGCAGCUCAUAAGGGAGCAAUAGAAAGAGUGAAGGAAAGUGAUAAGUUAGUUGCAACCAGUAAAAUAACGCCACAAGACAAACAGAACAUGGUGAAACGUGUGAGCACCAUGGCUUAUGCACUACAAGCUGAGAUGAAUCACUUCCACAGUAACCGGAUUUAUGACUACAACAGCGUCAUUCGUCUCUAUCUGGAGCAGCAGGCACAGUUUUAUGAAACGAUUGCACAGAAGCUGAGGCAGGCACUCAGCCGCUUUCCUGUGAUGUAGAGGAUAAGGAAGGAGUAGUCAACAAUAAAGAACAACUCCAAAGUGCUUUAUUGACGUGGGGGCAAUGCCAAUAAAAAGCCUUUGCUAAAAAGAAAACUUAAAAAAAAAAAACCAAAAACAAAACAAACUCACACAAAAACUAAAAAAAAAAAAAAACCAACCCACACUAAAAAGAAAAAAUUGGGAAAAAAACCACCCAAAACCAACCAAACAACCCAAGAAGAAGAAGAAGAAUCAGUUGUAGAAAAAAAGUAUUAUUUAAAUUUUACUUUAUCAGCCUAAAUCAUAAGAUAAGGUUCUCUUAUCUUGAAUGCUCUCCCAUUUGUAUCACCAUUUAAAUAAAAACAGCUAGAUAAUGCUGUCAGUUAUAGGCAUCUAAAUUAUCAAACUGAUGUGUUGCCAUGGACUUAAUGAAGACUUGGGUCUAUCAGAUGUUCUUCCAAAAUCUUGUAAUCAACAUCAGAGUUAUGUGUUUGGGUUUUUUUCUUUUUUUUUUUUUUUUUUUUUAAAUGGGAAAGCGGACAAACUUGAGAAAAUGAAUUAAUACUAUUAUAUUCAAUUGAUCUCUAGCAAUUCAGUAACCAGGAGGAUUUAUAUUCUCAUAUGUUUCUGGCACAUGUUCAUGAUAAUCUCCUGAACUAAUGCUUUGUUCUUAAGUUUUGCUUCCCAUAUGCAGCCAUGGCAUACCGUUCCCAUUAUGACUUCUGGUAAAUAUAAUUCAUUCUUCCCUUUCUUCUUUUUUCUUCUACCUAAAUCUUGUACUUGUGGCACACCAACUCAGAGCUUAUGUCAGGCUCACUCUUUCUCACUAUGCACUCUGUAAGAAGACAAAGUACAAACAAGGAAUGAGCCAUUCAGGAAGGUGUGAAAAACAGGUUCCCAUACCAGCACUUUGACACCCCCGAUGUUAUGUCAUGAGGCACUGGUGUUCCUUAGUGCUGUACAGGGCCAGCUUCCCUUCUGAGAGUUUGAAGUGUUUCAGCAGAGGGGACACUGCCUCAUCUAACCCCAAAUAGUAGAAGUCCCCAGAUUCCAACUAAGCUCAGGUCUUCAUGUAGUAGUAUGGUAUGCUAUUGGGUCGGGUUAACUUUUUGUUGCCUUCUAAUGCAAACUAAAAGGUGGCAAAAGUACCGAAUAACCACAUUAGUUAUCACACAAACUCUGUGCUUUGAUCAUUAUCCUUUAUCAUUGUCCUCUUUCAUACUACUGAAAUACCAUUUGAGGCCUUGGCUUUUCACAGAAUCAAACCAAAAAAGCCACCACCACCUGUGUUCACAAUGGGCACCAACUACAGUAAUUCACUUCUUGCCAUAGACAAGCAGGGAAGCCAAAAUGCAGUUUUUGCUAAAAUGUGCCUACAAAAUAAACAUUUUAGGAAAGAAAAACCCUAAAACAGGCAUUUUACCUAUAAGCCAUUCUAAGUGACGGGUACAGUCUGCUGGUUCAAUAGUUGCCUUACUCUCUUUUGCAUUGGUGUUACUUUUGUGUGCUAGAAGUAAAAUCUGGAUCUGCCUGAAUAACCUGAAACCAAACCAAAUGAGACUAAGCCUAAGUCUAGAUGCUUUUCAGUGUCACAAGUUUUGUUCACAUUUUAUAAACCUUGUCUUUUUCUCCUCCCAAUUUUAGUUGUUUGCUUCCAAAAUUCCAUAGCUCAGUGUUGUUUGAUACAGCCAUUUAAAUAUGUACAAAUUGUAAAGAAUGUGUAUAAAUGUUUUACACCAAAUGUAAGAUCUGCUUGCAUGUAGAAGCAGCUUAUAUAAUAAAUUGUUACAAUGUGUACAGUAAAUUCUGAAAUCACUUUUUCAAGCCAGCAUUUUUCUAGUAUUUGUAUAUUCACUUUUUGGUAAUGAAAUCUUUGUAACGGACUCUUAAUUUGGGAGGGGGAAGGGGAAUUCUUUUUACCAAUCUUUAAAUAGCUCCACAUGCACUAAAGUUGAAGGUUCUUUAUCUUGAAGAGACUGUUUUGGAAUCUAAAGUGUAAGCUAUGCAUUCCCAGUGCAGGGAAGCAUCUGUCAGAUGCAACAUUUUGGAAAAAAAAAAAAAUCAACAAAAAACCCCUUGUUUAAAGACUUCCAGUAAAAUGAAGUUAAACUGAUAAUAAAUAUUUAUGUAUAUCCACCAGA